CGUUAUAGUUUUGCAACGGAGUGACACCUCAGGUGUUUGUUUCUCUCCAUAUCUCAGCUGUCAGGGCAGGAAAAGGAGAGUCUGCUCUGUCGGCGAACCAAGCUUAUCAGGGAACGUGUAGUCUUCCGACAGACGGCUCAUAGGCUGGGGGAGAACUGUUACUGUCUGGAAACCCUUCAAGAUGGUUAGACCCGGCGGUAUUUUGAAGGCCGUAACGCUGAUCUCAGCCAUCCUACUGGUUGCCUUCUUGGCUUUCCAGUUGCUGGAGAUAAACGGGGAUUUUAAAUUUGGAAGUGUGAUCUCGAGAUCCCUGCCAAUGAUUGAAGCGGCAAAACCGGUCAAACACAAAUGUGGGCUGUCCAAAGCGUGUCCUCCAGAACACUUUGCCUUCAAGAUGGCGAGCGGUGCGGCCAGUGUCGUCGGGCCCAGGAUGUGCCUAGAAGACAACUUAAUAAUGAGCGGCGUGAAGAACAAUGUGGGAAGAGGAAUCAACAUCGCCCUGAUUGAUGGGAAAACGGGGACAGUGAUCCAGACAGCCUUCUUUGACAUGUGGGGUGGAGAUGUGGCUCCCUUUAUUAAGUUUUUGAAAGAGAUUCAGGACGGUGUGGUAGUCAUGAUGGCCUCCUUCGACGAUCCCGCAACUAAGCUCAACGAUGAAGCUCGGAAACUGAUCGCUGAUCUCGGCAGCUCGUCUGUCGGCAAUUUGGGCUUCCGGGAUAACUGGAUCUUUGUAGGUGGGAAAGGCAUCAAGACCAAGAGUCCAUUUGAGCAGCACAUCAAGAACAAAGCAGAAACCAACAAAUUUGAGGGCUGGCCAGAGGUCCUGGAGAUGGAGGGCUGCAUACCAAGAAGGCUGAACUGAUGUCAGCAGCGCCUCCCCGCGUCCGUCAAACCUCAGUUUUCCUAGAACUUCAAAAGUCCAACACGGCUUAUUCUUCUGCGUCACGUCUGUGCAGAGCCUCGAGCUCACGGUCACUGUCGGUUCACAGUCUGUGUCGUUUGCAGCUUUGGAGCUGCAGCUCUGCAGCACAGACUGAAAACGAGUCAGGGAAAAGGCAGCAAAGGUUUCUUCCUUCCAGUCCGGUCACUGUCGACAGUCCAGACUGGUGUCUGUUCACAGCAGUUUGACGCAGAAGUAUAAAUUCCCGUUCUCUUUCCUCCAUCCUGAUGGUUACUCUGCACCUUUGAUCUCAAAUCAUUUUCUCUUUCCAGCUCACCUGCUGGCUUGUAAGCAGGAACUUGAAUCUCAGACUUUCUUGCACUUCUUGUUGAAAACACUUCUUGUUUGGUUACUGUCGUCUCUACAGCCCAAAGAUUUACCUGUGAUCGUCUCUCAAACUGUUGCACUCUUUCUACGUCAAACAGAAGCUGUCGCCCACAUUUUUAGAGGGGGCCAACCUUCACCUGACUUCCUUCUUUUCCUGCCUUAAUUGUACCGUUCACACUUUAUUUUAUUCUUUGUUUUUGUUUUUUACCACCAAGUCUUCUACUUCCUUCAGAGCUGUUUUCUACAAAGUCUUUAGACACUUUUUUUCCUGAUUUUCUGACCAAAUGCACCAAAUUCACUGUGACGUUUGUAAAUAUUUCUCUGGACAAAGCCCAAGCCUAAAAGAUUCUAAUUUAAUAAACAAUGGAACAGUUAACAUUUCCUAAAAUAAAUGAUUUUUAACUGUG